CAACAAAUAAGACAGAGUGUCAUUACCCUAAAAACGUCAAAAACUUAAUUCGAAGCGAAUUAUACAUUCACAUAAAGCCGUAUUGGUUUUUAUUACACAAAAAAAGCAUUCAAUAGUCAAUAAUGAACCGUUUUUUCUCGUCUUACAGCAAAAGAUCUAUCACGUCGAUUUUGAGACGUCAAUUCCAUGCGUCAAAUAGGCUCCACUCAGAUGACGGCAAACAAUCUGUACAAAUUGGCAAUCCGUUUUGUCUGAAGCCCGUUGAAUGCGAGAAUCAUACGCUCAGGAAACACGACAAUUUGAGACGUCAACGACUUUACGAGUUCGGCCUGUACGUUGCCGCUUGUUUACCGAAAUACGUCCAGAAGGUGCAGAUGCAAUUCAACGAUCAACUUGAAAUACUCAUUGUGCCCGAUGGCUUGUUCCAAGUGCUGAGUUUCUUGCGCAAUCACCAACACGCAUGUUGCAACCAGUGUUCCUGCGUAACAGCUAUAGACGUUCCGACGAGGCAGUUUCGAUUCGAAGUCGUAUAUUGCCUGCUCAGUAUAAGGUUCGGCGAACGAAUUCGAGUUAAAACCUACACAGAUGAAUUAACGCCGCUGCACUCCGCGUGCGAAUUGUGGCAAAGCUGCAACUGGUUCGAACGUGAGGUAUACGAUAUGUUUGGUAUUGUGUUUACUCAUCACCCGGAUCUGAGAAGGAUUUUAACUGACUAUGGAUUCGUCGGUCACCCCCUUCGAAAAGAUUUUCCAUUAAUCGGCUACACUGAGGUUCGUUACGAUGACGAGCUGAAGAAACUUGUUUAUGAGCCCGUCGAGUAUGCUCAAGAAAUGCGCCGCUAUCAACUGGAGUCUCCUUGGAAUUACAUGAAUAACUUUCACGAGGGAUACAACAAUCCAAAGCCAAUAGAUAAAAAAAAGAAAAAUUAAAAUCUACUUUUGUAAGAUCACAAGUACAUAAUAAUUGUUUUUGAAUAUUUAAAGUCUAGAUUACAAUUUGAUUGUUCACUACAAUCGAGCGACUAAUUACUCUCAGAUAGUAGAGCAUCUGGCAAUUAUUCUCACAUACUUAUGUAAACCUUUCAUUUCCGCUCAAUCAACCAGAUGACGGUCUUUUCAAACGACUCGAUUAAUAACUUAAGAAAUUAGCGGAAAGUGCCUUAAUUAUUCCAUCUUCAUUCAAUUAAUUUGGUAGAUUUGUAAGUCAGCCAAAUUAGAUUCGGAUAGAUCAUUAUAAUGCAAAAAGGACUGCAAUGUUCGUAAAGUAAUUAAUGUUGGUCAAAGAUCAAAAUUGUUGUUGAUAUCAAGAUUAAUUAAUGAAAAGGUACUAAUUGGCGUCGUUUGAUUUCUCGAGAGUUGAUGAGAAGAUUAAUUUAAUUGUAAUUACAGUAUUUGUAUACAAUGGAAUUUUAAUACAUGUUUUGGUAGUAUUGUAAAUUGGAA